GCACGACGGAGGGACAUCGUCUCUCGCUUAGUCCAUCGUUCGCGCCGCCGGGAGACGGAGAGUAGGAGAGGUAGUAAGUGAGACGAGGAGACCGCAUCCGCUUGUGGAGGGAUAUCCCCAUUCGGUAUACGGUACGGUACACGCACACUGCCCACGGGAGAGCGGCAGCAUACCAUCAUGGCAGACUGGACACACGAGGUGCAGGCCACCUUCCAGAGCGACACUGAUCUCACGGCGCGGAUCCUGGCGGCUGGGACGCGAUACCAAGGAGAAUUACCGGCCUUGUUCGCAGACAUUGCCAGACACGUACAGACGGGCAGUUCGAUUCUACCUCCGACUUCCAAGAAGCGGAAGCUGGACGACGCGUUGCAACCCCCACCGCCGACUACCAAUGGAGCUUCUCAUGCUGCACCCAUCAUCGCCCCGUCAACGACAUUCGAGUGCAAGAAUGUGAGCUUCCAGGUGCCAGCGCGAAAGAAGCUGAAGCUGCAGAUCGUCGCCGAGCAGGCGGACGCGCGGAGGAGAGAAGUGCGAUUGUUGAAUGCGCAGACGAAUGAUGUGGAAUACACGAUACCCAAUGCAAAGAUUGACCAGGUCUUCUGCUUGCCGGUCCCAGAGAAGCAGCAACGACAGUCCAGCUUUGUCAUUAUUCCUCUAGCGGGAGCAAUAGGGCCAGAUGGGACAACAUGCGAGCAGAUGGUGUUCACGAUGAACGAGACGAAGCCGGACGAUGCAGUUUCAUCGGUUAGACCCAAGGCCGAAGACGACACAUAUAUCACAGUUAUGGAGCCCGAGUUGAACGACCUGCUAGAACCUCACGGCAAGCGAGUCGUUCGCCCAGACGAGAAUGAAUUUGCGAGUAGCAUUCCACAGCCACAUCGCAAAGGGGAAAAGGCAUAUCAUGUCAAGGCGCAUCGAGGCACGAAAGAAGGCUACCUCUUUUUCCUCCCCAACGGCAUCGUCUUCGGGUUCAAAAAGCCCUUGUCCUUCUUUCCCUUUUCCUCAGUAGAAUCCAUCAGCUACACCUCCGUUCUACAACGAACCUUCAACCUCGUCAUCACAGCAACAGAAGGCGGCAGCACCGAGGCCAAAGAUGUGGAAUUCAGCAUGAUAGAUCAGGCGGAUUUUGCAGGUAUAGAUGAGUAUGUGAAACGACAUGGCUUAAAUGAUGCGUCAAUGGCGGCGGACCGACGAGCAAAAGCCUAUAACGUGAACAAGGAGAAGAAAGAAGCGAAUGGAGACACAAAUGGCUCGGCUGAGACAGGCGCUGUCGAUGAUGACGGUCUCACAGAACUGCAAAGAGCGGAACAACAGCUACAGGACCAGGAAGAUGAGGAGGAAGAAGACUAUGUUGAAUCUGGAGGCGAGACUGAUGGGUCUGGUGAGGACAGUGGUGAAGACGAGGACGCGGAAGACUAUGGCGAGGGGGAAGGAGGGUACGAUGAAGAUGAUGGUGAUGAAGAAGAAUAAUAGACUGCGGGAUAUGGGCGACGGGUGGCCACUUGAUCGCAUCGAAGCAGACUAUAUGCUUCCUCCACCAUGUCCGUCUUUACAUCUCACUCGGGUCUUGCAAACACCACCUAGAUUCCAGCAUUCGCUCUACGGAUCAUUUUCAUCCUGGACACGAUGGACAUAGAUCUUUCCCAACAAGAGCAUGUUCGGACGAAUAGGACAUUGAAUAAGCCAUUGAUAGACGACAUGGAAGCUCGCCUCGCCUUUUGCACUGUUAACGCUCUUACUUUUGUGGAUCAUGGUUCAUAUGGAAACCAGCAGAACGGCACCGCAACAAUCUAUCAUUCUGUUUCGUCCGAGACGUACUAUACUGCAGUGUGCGCAGAAUCAUGUUCUGAUCUACCGGCUCUACCGAGUUCGGGGCCGACAGGUGAGGGGUAUGCAGCUCUUUCCACAAGAGGAGGUACAUGUAUUCACUUGGAUUGUAUGACCAUACUAGGCAAAAGCCAGGUCACACACUCAGCACUAUAGGUACAUGUAGUGAACUACCAUUCACAUACAUCAUCAUGGACCACCCCGUCACCACAAACACCGGAGGCAACGACUUUCUCACCCGAGUCUACAACUGCAAAAACAACGACGACCUAGUAACCUUGUACGACGACUGGGCCGAAAGCUACAGCAACGACGUCACAGACGCAACUCAAAACUACGUCGCUCCAGCAUUAGCAGCCCAAGCAGUCGUACAAGCUGGCGGAAACGUCCAUAAUGGCACAACAUUCGACGCAGGCUGCGGAACCGGACUUUCCGGAAUAGCACUACAUCACGUCGGAGCAAAAACCAUCGACGGACUCGAUUUAUCCCCGGGCAUGUUGCGCAUCGCGAGAAGAACGGGUGUCUAUCGAGAUUUGCGCACGGGGGAUUUAUCGCAGUUAUUGGUGGGCACGGGGGAUGAAGAGUACGAUGUGGUGUUUUGCGUGGGAACGUGGACGCAUGGACAUGUGGGACCGAAGCCGUCGUUGGCGGAGUUUGUGCGCGUGGUGAGGCCUGGUGGGAUUGUGGCGGGGACGGUGUUGGAUGAUAUUUGGAGCAGUCAUGGGUUUGAGGCGGAGGUAGAGAGGUUGCGAAGGGAGGGCGCGGUGGAAGUGGUGAGUGCGGAUAGUAUGGAUUAUCGAAAAGGUGCGGGAGUGAUGGCCAAGGUGCUUGUGCUCAGGAAGAAAGUGAACGUUUGAGUAGGUACCUGAUGGUCUUUUUUGAGAGCUCUGAAGGUACCUGCAUGAGAAGCAGCAUCUGAGGGGCUUGAAGAAA